CUCACUCACUCCCUGACUCACUCACCCACUCACUCACACAAUCACUAAUUCGCCGCUGCUUGCUAUUCACAGAUGCCUGCAGGACACACACCGUGUUCUCCCUUCUCCCUCCACCCAGCUGCCUGUAUGGUCGCCGAGACACCACACCCUACUACAUAACAAACGCAGACCCACCCACACAUACUCUCCCUCGCCCAAUAGAUGUCAUGGGCUUGUGCUGGCUUGUUGAGUCCAUCAUCGUGGUAAGGCCAAUUGUUCGGCCGAAUGACACACCACAAUGUAAUGUGCCGAAAUAUGUGAGUGAGAGUGUUCUCAUUCGUUGUCUGCCAUCACCCACUCCCCCGCCCAGCCUGUCUGCCACAUUGUGACGCACACACCACACGGACGAGGACACUUGCUGUCUGUCGGUGUUUGGUGUGUGGCUGAUGUGAUGCCUUCUCGCCGCUCUGACCCCAUCAGGUGACCGGCUCCCUGUCUGCUGUCAAACACAUGCAAGAGAACGGUGACCCGAUUGCCGAGCAGCGCCAAGACUGCAUCUCACUCACUCACGCAGUCACUAAUUCGCCGCCGCUUGCUAUUAACAGGUGCAAACAGCUGUCCGCUCGCCGAAAACACCACACCCUACUACAUAACGCAGACCCGGCCCACCCACAAAACGACGAACAAAUACUCUCUCCCUCGCCGAUGAUCGAUCACUACACUAGCCACUCAGCAACUUCCUCUCGCCGCCUCUCUGCAGCGCCCUCCUCUCCAGCCCUUUGAGAAUGUGCCCUGCCCUCGCGUCCAGUUUGAGCACCAUGUCGCCCAGCCCCUCCCUCUCGAGCCGCGUCACGCCCUUGUUGACGAUGGCCACGGGCACCUCACGGUCCAGCGCCAGCUUCACCAGCCUGUAGGCUGUCACGCACACACACAUACAGACAGGCAGGGCAGCCAAGUGACGAGUGGAGGCGUGCACUGCACGUGGGUGUGGUGUGUGUAUGUGUGUGUCUGUGGGUACCUGAGAAGACUUCGAGUGACGAUCCCACAACCAGGAGGCCCUCGGCAUUCUCUACCUGCUUGUUCACCUGCACAUACACAGAGACGGACGCACACACUAGUCCGCGUGAAUAUCUCUUAUUAUGUUGUAGGCGUGCAUCCGCACCGUACCUGUCGUUUGAUUGCCGGCGACACCACAUCGCCGAAAAAGAUCACAGCUGGUUUGAGCAUCCCCCCACACCUGCGACGCGCCGCGCCCAGGGACCCCCCCACACACACAGGGACCCACACAGGGGAGGGAUGCACUCGUAUACACACACAUGGGAUGGGUGUCCUUCCUGUGUCUUAGAACUGCACCGCUGGCACGUUGGCACGGUGAAGGAGCCGUAGUCGACAAUGUCGUCCAGAUUAGCGUCCCCAUCCGCCCGCAGCCGAUGGGCGUCCAAAUUCUGCAGUUCUUCGCCGAGACCAUGCCUGCGCCAAACCCAGUUGACCAACACGAGUCAGAUGAGGGGUCCGGGGCCGUUCGUUCGUCCGUGUGUGUGCGGCUACCUCCCGAUCCAGCGCUCGUUGAGCAGGAGCAAUUGCGUCUGGAAGGCCUUGCGUGACAGCUGGUGACCACAAUUCAUGCACACCACCCUGUCGCUCCGCCCAUGCAGGUCAAGCACAUUCCUCGAGCCAGCCUAUACCACGUCACACACACACACACACACAAAACAGGUGCCUCAUGAGCAUGGAUCCACGAGUGUCUCGAGUGUAGGGAUUCCCACUUUUUGGUGCAGCCUGUCGACAUUCUGUGUGACGAUGCCCUCGACCGCCCCCGCAGCCUCCAGCCGCGCCAAGGCGAUGUGCGCGUCGUUGGGCUUGGCCAGGGCAAAAGCCCCGUAGCCGAACAUCGAGCGGGCCCAGUAGCGUUGGCGACUCCAGGGGUUGAAUAUGUACUCGUCAUGCUGGAUGGGCCUGUGGCCUCUCGAGUAGCUGCCUGUCGGCCCUCGAUAGUCCGGAAUGCCACUCUCUGUCGAACACCCAGCCCUGACAGACAGACAGAGAGAUCAACAGCACCGUAGGUAUACACACGUGUGUGUGUGUGUGUGUGAGUGUGUGUGUGUUCCAUAAUCUCACCCGGUGAUGACUUGCAGCCGUUGGGUCUCCCGAAGGAAAUCAUAAAGCUGCUCCACCUGAUCAUCGCCAGACACGUCCUCAGGCAGCCCCUCAGCCAUCUCAGCAUCAUCAGCCAUAGCCGCUGGGGCAGCUGGAACAAGCAGCUCUGGCCGGGCAGGCACGGUGCUCAUCAUGCUCCUGCUCUCCCUGCGCCUCCGAGCUGGCAGCAAUGGGCUCCUGUGGAAGCAUGUGGCCACCGUCCGCCACCGCGAGUGCGCCGGAUGGUGCAGGAAGGCCAUGAUCCGCCUGAGGUCGAUGCCAAACAAGAGGAGAAUGCAGCGGGCGGUGGAGCUGAACGUGGCAGCUCUUCGACGGCGUCUCAUAACCAG